AUGUCGGUGAACUAAAUAAUUGAAUAGGUGCUUCAAAAUAUGAUCGACAUUGAUAAUCCAGACUUUAGACUUUCUAAACAAUAGAAUAUUUUAGAACUGAUAGAAAGAGAUGAAUUAUUAGUAAUGGAACGGUUGUGGCCUUAAAGAAGAGUGAAUAUGGUUGAGUUUAUAAAGAUAAUGAUAUCAGUGGUGCAUCAUAAAUAAUGUGAGUUAUUGUAUUUAGUGAUGGGUUUAAUUGAGUUAUUUAAAGACAUAGUGGCAGCUUGUCAAUAAAAUGAAUUGUCAUUAUCGGAUGUAACAAGUUAUGUAUGUUAAGUGGAACCAAUAACUAACAACAUAGUACCAUAAAUGUUAAUACCUGAACCAAAGAAGUUUGAAUUAAACAAGACUAGAAUUAGAGAUAUAGAUGUGGUAUUUUAUAGAGUUUAAUUUAGAAUGCUCCUCGAAUAAUUGGAUAAGCAGAUGGUGAAAUAUGUCACAUUGUAAAUGGUUCAUUAAUAAAUGAUGCAAUCAGACAUCAUAAUAACAAUGUACAUACAGGACAAGUAUGUAUGAAAUAGAUUGUAACAUUGGAUAGUUUAGAUUCUAAAUUAAAUAUAUAUAAUUUAGAUGGCACUUUAAAGAAUUAAGUAAAAAUUAAUUAGAGUGAAGAUAAGGAAAUAAUAAUAUUGAGUUUUGCAUGGUCUGAUAGAUAAUAGAGAGUAAUAUUUAUAUAUAAUAUAAUAGAUUGGAUUAACACUGAAAUCUCAUUCAUUAUGUAUGUAUGAAAAUGAUUUUAAGACAUACAGAAUAUUUCCAACAGUAUAUGCUUCAUAAGAUUAUUAAACUAACAUUUGGUAUCUUGAAAAUUAGAAUAAAUGGAUUACUACUGAUGCUACAUUUAAAUUAUAUGAAUGGGAUUUGUAGGCAGAAAAUGUAGCUAAUAUAUAUUCAACAAAUAAGAUUACAGGGUGUAUUAUAGAUUGUGUUGAGGUAGUACAUAUGAAAAUGAUUGCCACUGCUUCUUUAGAUAAAUAAGUGGUUGUAUGGGAUCUCAAUACAAAAGAUAUUAAAAUAGUUGUAUCUUUAAAAGAACAUGGAGGAAUUCAUAGUUUAGUUUAUUCCUAUUAUUUUCAAAUAUUUGUCACUUGUGGAUAUUCAACAUAUAUAAAUGUUUAUGAAAUCAAUCCUAAAUUUCAUGAUGUAACAAUGAUUGGAAAAUUAAGUGGACAUACAUCUAUGUUAACUUCUAUUUAGAUGAUAGGUAAAAGUCCUGUAUUAAUUUCUGGAGAUGAUGGUGGUACAUUAAGAUUAUGGGAUAUUAGAACAUUCUCAUGUUUAUAAUCAUUAAAUUUUGGAAGAAAAACCUAAAUUACUAAAAUUUUAGAUUUAUCAGAUUAAUAGAUGAUAUGUUUUUUAGGAUCUAGAGUUAAUUUACUUAAAUUAGAUAUUCGAAAGAAAGAUCAAUCAGAUAAUUAUGUUAUAAAAAUUGAUUUUGAUCCUUAAAGAGAUGAAUUAAUAGUUGCUUCUAAAAAGAAUAUUAUUUUUAUGGAUAUAUAUACUGGUAGAAUGAAAAGAAUUCUUAAUGGAUUAUUAAAUGAAUUAGAAGAUGAAAUUACAUAAUUUAGACCACUUAAUUAUUAUAAUAAAUUUAUAUUAUCAGAUUCUAAAGGUAAUCUGAAAAUUUAUUAUCAUACUGGAGAAUACUUUGCAUCACUUAAAGGACAUUCAGAUGUAAUAUAAUUAAAAUUAGAUAUUCUUAAUAAACUCAUUAUUACAUGUGGACAUGAUAGUGUUCUUAUUCAAAAAAUGAAUGCUGAAAUAUUAAGAGAAAUUACUCCUUUUAAAUCAUAAUAAAUAGAAAUAUCUGUUCAUCAUUCCCUAUUAUUGGCAUCAUAUAUGAAUCAUCUCUACAUUUUUGAUUAUGAAUUCAUCAAAUGUCUAAGUUUUCUCGAAUUUGAUGGAGAUAUUACAUCCAUUAUAUUUAUAGCUAAUUAUCCUCUUUUUGGUGUAUCAACUAUAACUGGUAAACUUUAUAUUAUGAAAUUUGUUGUAAAAGAUCACAUUGAAGUUAAAACAACUAUAUAUUAAAUUUAUGAAGUAUCUAAUUGUUCAAAUUAUGUUACUGAAGAAGGAGAAUAAGAAUUUAUUACUAAACUUGUAUUAAGUGUUAAGGAAUUAGAAUUAGCUAUGGCUACAAGUGAAAAUAAUAUUAUCAGAUUAUAACUUAAUAUAACACUUGAACCAACUGAACCUGUCCAUGAAAGAAUUAAUUAUAAUCCUCUUAGAAAAGCCAAAGAAUAAGUCUUAAUUAAUGAUCCUAUUCAUAUCUAAUCAUCUGAAAGUAUUUAAAAACUUAAACAUAUUGUUACAUUUAAUGCUUCUAAGAAAUAAAUUACUAGCUUAUCUUAUUUAUAAUUAGAUGAGAGAUUUCUAUUGAUUACAUCAAUUGAUGGAAUUAUUAAGAUAUUUGAUUUGAAUGGAGAAUUGAUGGCUGCAUAUAAUAUAAAUCAUCCAUUACCAAUUAAAUGGGAUGUUAAAUAUACUAAACAAUCUGAACUUAAAAAAAGAAUUAUAUAUGGAUUUAAAGUUAUUGAUAUUUUAAGAAAAUAAUCUAAAACAGAAAAAGAAGCUGAAAUAUAUAGUCUAACAGAUUCAUUAUAAGUUAAUAGAUAGAAUUCAUUUUCUUUAUAAAAUUUAAAUAAAAAACCAUUAAUAAUGAAAGAUGAAUUUAGUCCAAGAGAUUUAAAAUUUGAUAAGAUUAGACAUUUAUAUCAAAAUGAAGUUCAAGGUCCAACACUCAAAUAAAUGGAGGCAUAAAGAAGAUUAUAAGAAGUCUAAAAUAUGUUUAAAAAUGAUGUUAGAGAUCCUAAAUUAGAUGAAAUGUUGAAAUUGAGAGAAAAAGAAAGAUAAAAAAAUAUAGAUAGAGCAGCUAAUCUUAAUUUCUUAGAUCCUGAAUUUAGAGAUAAGAGUAUAUUGAAUCAAAAAUUAUUAAGUAAAAAUGAUUAUCUAAAAGAAUUUAAUACUAAACUUGAAAAUAAUGAUUAAACUUCUAUUAUACAAAGAUAAUACUAAUCUAAUUUAAAUUAAUAAUCUUAAGUUAAUAUUUAGAAUUAACCCAAAAAAAAAUAGAACUCAUCAUCAGAUUUUUAUAAAUAUGCAGCAUCAAGACAUUUAUUAAAUGAUGCAAGUAUCUUAGAAUCAUUCACUUCCUAAAAUACUCAAUUAAAACCAAUCAAUAAAUAAUUAAUUAAUAUUUAAUCAACUUAGAUAUCUUAAUUGAAAUCUUUUGGAUCUUAAGAUUUAACAUGGCAUGGUUAACAUAGAAAAUAAUAAAAGGAUUUAUCAUAGGUUUUAACAAGUCUUAAUAUUAAAUUGAGACAAAGUAAGAAUUCUUUAGGAGGAGAAACUAUAUUAAGAGAUAUUACUAAAUCAGAUAUCACAUUUGAAGAUUAAUUAGAUGAAUUCACAAAGAAACAUAAACUAAAAUGA